AAAACAUACAGGUUACGGGGUGUGGAAUAUCGAAUAGUGACGAAUACGCAUAUCGUAUUCAUGUAGUCUUACGAUCAAGAAUGCUAACAAAUUAGUAAAAAAGCUUUGUUGGUUUCCCAUUUGGCAGCCAGACUGCAUUUUGGCUCACCACACCUUUGCGAUACUUCUAUUGCGGUUUUAUCGCUAAUUUGCUUGCGCUAACGGUUUGUCGAGCUGCGUAACUGCGUUGUAUCACUUGUAUGAUAAUUUGUUGGAUUUGGAUCAGUCGUUUUCCGGGAUUUUCCAAUAUUUUUUAUGCUCAUCUGUAGUAUCAUCAAAGCCUGAACAUUGUCAACCGCAUUGAGAGAUUGAUGAACUUUUCAUCACGGACAUGUUAAUAAUAUUAUUAUAACAUUCGAUCGGAAUAAUACGCGUUCUGCGAAUCAACCCGACCAUUUUGUAAUGAGGAAAUUGGAUAUUUUACAUCAAGAUCGAUUUAAAACUUACCCGGAUAGCUUAUACAUUGUGGAAUCACUGAAAUCAACGGAUUUGUUACUGCCCAUACAAAUGGACUUUGAAUGCCACCUGUUAUUAUCAUACUUGAAGUAUCAAAUUACGGGUGACCUCAGGGCGGAAAAGUACAAUGAAGGCGGUUCUGUUGCUUCUCUGUUUUGUUUGGUAAUGAUUUGCACCUGUCCAAGUUGAAUAGUAGCGGUAUGUCAGCAAUAUUUCGUGAACGAUUCGGAGCAACGGGAUCCUAUAAAGUACGGGAAGCGGAAGCCGUGUCGGAACCAAACAUACCAUCAAUGCGUUCAACUGUGCCGGCUACUGUCCAGUUCCUCGAUGAGUCUAGUUGCACAUUCUACAUUGAAAAGAAUGCCAAAGGACAAGAUCUUCUGGAUCUGGUUGCGGAUCAUCUUGAUCUGGUGGAGCCCGACUACUUCGGUCUUCAGUUUAUUGACCCAGAUUUCGAAACUACUUCUGAUGGAUGGAGGUGGCUUGAGUCUCAUAAAUUUGUGAAGAAGCAAGUGCGAACCGGUGUUCCAUACGUCUUUAUCUUCCGCGUGAAAUUUUUCGUAUCGGAUCCUUGUUUACUGCAUGACGAGUACACUAGGUACAACUACUUUCUUCAGUUGAAAAAAGAUGAGGAAGGCAAGCUACCAGUUCCUGAAUCCAUAGCAGUAUUACUGGCAAGUUACGUUGUACAGUCCGAACUCGGUGAUUUCUCACCGGAAGACCAUCGACCUGGCUACUUGUCCGAUUACACAUUCAUUCCACACCAGCCUCCUAAUUUUGGUGUCAAAGUCCAUGAACUGCACAAGUUGCACAGAGGCCAGACUCCAGCGGAUGCUGAGUUUAACUUUCUCGACCAAUGCAAAAGACUGGAAACAUACGGCAUCAGUUUGUACAAUGCGAGGGAUGCUAACGGAGUUGAUAUCCAGCUGGGGGUGACUUUUAAUGGAUUGGUAGUAUUCCAGAAUGGGAUGCGGCUCAGUAUUUUUGCAUGGGCCAAGAUUGUUAAAAUUUCCUUCAAGCAAAAACAGUUCUUCAUCCAGAUACACGAAGAAACGAAAGACUACGACACGCUUUUGGGAUUUUACAUGCUGAGUUAUCGCACCUGCAAAAAUUUGUGGAAAUCUUGCGUCGAACAUCAUAGUUUUUUCCGUUUGAAAUCCACACGUCCAUUGAUCUCAAAGAAAUUUAGCUUUUUCUCGCUGGGAUCCAAGUUUCGAUAUAGCGGACGGACCGAAUAUGAAACGCUCGAGGAUGGAAAACGGCGGUUUCGUGUGGAAAAGUCAAGUAUUACUCGAGCGCCCAGUAAGCGUUACCAGCGGCGCACCGUAGCUGGCACAUCACGGGAUCAGAUUCUGGAAGAGAAGACCAUCGCGCCCGGUUUCCAGGCGGGAUUGGCCAAAGAGAAAUCCCUCCCGGCAUCCCAAUCGCAUUCCGCCGUUAAUCGUGUGAACAGCAGCAGUAAUAUUAUCAGCACCGGGAAUAAUGUGACGAUUGUGCAUGUUAAUCACGCGGGCAAUGAGCAUACGAGCAACGGACCCCUCAACCCGACAACGCUGCACCGGAGGAGCCUGGGCUCCACCAAUGUGACGCUGAACAAUGGCAUUCCAUCCGUUGUGGCACCGGUUACCUUGUUUAGUCAGCAGGCCGUUAAGAGAAGCUCUCCGGGCCUUAAUAGGAGCAAAGUCGACGAUGAUGGAGGCUUCAGGGAAGCUAAUUUCAGCCGAUCAGCCGGUACGAAGUUCACCAGUAAUCACUUACGAUUGGAUACUAAUGAGACGUCUCCUCAUCAUGCCGUUAAUGGAUUAUCCUACCGUGUUAUGCCGGAAAGGAGUCUGGAUGGAGUGCAGUCGCCUUCGGGUGGUGCGGUAACCAGCAGCUCCAAUCGCGUUCUACCGCCUCCGCUCAGGAAAGACUUAGUGCAUCCGCUCCAGCCUUUGGAAAGUGUUGGUAAUGGGAUCUCUGCCGGUUGUGUCUGCAUCCGAAUUAAGCCGGAUGCCGAUGGGAAAUUCGGUUUCAAUGUGCGGGGUGGGGUGGACCUAAAUUUGCCUGUGAUUGUCACCCGUGUGGCGCCUAAUACGCCAGCCGACUUGGCGGUGCCGAGAUUGUACGAAGGUGACCAAGUUAUCUCCAUUAAUGGACAGGACACAUCCAUACUCAGUCAUGACGAAGUUGUUCGUCUGAUAAAGUCCUCUUAUCAAAAUCGGACAGGGGAAUUGGUCCUCUACGUUAGACCAAAUGUGUAUAACGGCGGCGAAGAACCGGAUGAACCAGAAUUUCAAUACGUUCCUGACACACCCAAAGCAAAUGGUCUUCUCAGUUCCAGUCCUUUGCAUGAAUCCAUGAUGCUGCUGUCAGAAAGCUUGAAAACUGGGAAUGCUUUACUGCAGUUCGAGCAAUUAUAUAAGCGGAAUCCGAAAAUGUCCAUGAAAGAUGCGGAAACACUGAACAACAAUCCUCGGAAUCGAUACAAGGAUGUGCUGCCAUAUGAUAGCACUCGAGUACUCAUCCAUGGCGUUCCAGGGAACGAUUACAUUAACGCUAAUUACAUCAAGAUGGAAAUUCCUACUUCCGGCAUUGUCAAUCGUUACAUCGCGGCGCAGGGACCCCUUCAACAUACCAGCUUUGAUUUCUGGCAGAUGGUUUGGGAGCAGCAGUCUACGUUAAUCGUCAUGCUAACGUGCUUAGUGGAACAGGGUCGGAUCAAAUGCCAUCAGUACUGGCCCAAACUGUACGAAACAACUGAUUAUGGCGCACUGCAAGUCACUUGUGUCAAGGAACAAGUGCUUGAAUGUUUUGCAUUUCGUGAACUGACUCUCAUCCAUAUGGAGACAAAUGAGGAACGGCACAUCACACACAUGCAGUACAUUGCUUGGCCUGACCAUGGCGUGCCGGAUGAUGCCAGUGAUUUUCUGGAAUUUGUGAUACGGGUGCGGCAGUACAGGGUGGGCAUGAAUGAGCCCUGUAUUAUUCACUGUAGUGCCGGGAUUGGACGCACAGGAGUCAUUAUCCUAAUGGAAACCGCCAUGUGUCUCAUUGAGGCCAAUGAACCGGUGUAUCCUCUGGAUGUUGUACGGUGCAUGCGCGACCAGCGGGCGAUGCUCGUCCAGACCACUAGUCAGUACAAGUUCGUGUGCGAGGCCAUUCUUAGAGUGUUUAACGACGGAUUAGUGAAACCGUUAGAUGAAUACAGGAGAUAGGAAGGUCAUGCCAAGAUUGAUCCGGCGGAUGGUGUAUUGGCAGUGGUAUCCAGACGACGCCGAGAUGUUGUCAAGUGUUCUCAUUCCCUCUUGUUUCCUUUUUUGACCUAAUUUAAGUCAAUUGGGGCCUUGGUGACAAUUUGAAAGUUCCCUGGAGAUUUGCUGAGUAUUUUUGGGGUUCGGUUUAGUGUAAUGGCAAUGGGAUGGGUUAUCCCAAGAGGAUGCUGGCUAUUUUGGCCAGUUACUGUUUUUAUAUAUUGGACGUUUGACCAUUUGUUAAUGCAGCUCACUUCUGGGCUCAGUGUGCGCGGUCUCUGUCGCAUAACGGCGUGCCUAUGCUGUGAUGGUAUAUAAUUUUUCAGAGUGUACAAUUCGCACUUGGAUGUACAGUGAUUUAUACAAAAUGAAGCUUUCGAUUCACUGA